AUGUGCCCCUACAAGACUGAGGAUAUUGCCGAUGAGUUAGAUGAUGCCACAAAGCAUAACGUGUACCAAACUGCUCGAGCACAAUUUCUUGAUUCGCGCAGUUCGUGGUCUGUGAUCUUCAGGCUUGAGACUGGAGCCAGCGACAUGAACGCGCCCGUGGUAAAGGACAUCGACAAUCUCCUGGGACAAAGGGGAAUUAAUCCGAGUAUGAUUCUGACUUGGCAGUGCCCUAUGAUGCUGAUGGCUUGGUCGUGGGUAGGGUACCUGGUGGCGAUAGUAGUGCUGAUUUCGAGGCCAUUUAUUGCACCAGUCAACAGCGACACUGAUGAACGAAAGACUGCUAUCUUCAGCUUGACCUUUGGCAGUUUCAUGUUCUUGUCAUUCAUGUGGUCAUCGUGGUUUAUUUAUCAAGCCAGCAGAAGCUUCAAGAUCAUUAGCCCGCGUGCUCGCCUAUUGCCCAAAUGA